AUGGGCACAGUGGCCGAGCUCGAUCUCUCCCGAUCAUCUCGAGAAGAAGGAGGAGAAGACGACGACGACGAUUUGAAACUGCUCUCAACCAGCGCGAGCGAACAAGAACAAAAAUAUCCUCUCUCCAUCGUCUGGUGUGCGAUUCCAAUCCUCUCGGACAUUUUCCCAUUCGUCGGUCACGUCGGCAUCACCAAUUCGAGCGGAUGGAUAUACGAUUUCAUCGGCGAUGGAACCAUACACCAAUCCGCGAGCAAUAAUUUAUCGUUCAAUCGAGUGAUGCGAGUGAUUCCGUUGAAUAUUAUAAAUUGCAAGCAUCCGAUUGAUGAGAGUUUAAGGAGGGUGAUGAUGCAUUACACGAGAACGAACGAACGGUAUAACUUGUUCGGGCAGAACUGCCACGACUUUGUCGGCAUCGUUUUGAACCUCUCGGAAUACGAGGGGAAAGAUGAUUGGAAUUUAGUAGACGUGGCUUUGUUAGUGUGGGGGGUGAGAGGGAACGGAGGGAGUUUUGUAGAUCCGAACGCGGCGUAUCGAACGUUUGGGCCGGCGUUCCUGGCGUUCCUGGCAUCGGUUGCGUUUGGUUUCGCGAGAGCUUUCGGGCGCGCGGUGUUAGGUUUGUACGCAGCGGUAGUUGGAUGGUUCGUGUUGUACGUGUUUGUGUUGAACAGAAGAAGGAGUUGUUCGAUACGAGCCGGGUCAAUUCCGUUCAUUAGGAAUAGUAACAACAACGACAACGACAACGCGAGCAGUCAAGGAGGAGACGUUUAA